CGAACUAAUUGCAAUAACAGCAAACAUCUUUAGUUUUUGGAUAAAUUCAUGCGAAAGCUAAAAUAAAUUGUUGUACGAAAAAUAUGAACGGAGCUGAAACAGACUUCACCGCAACAGCAACACCAACAAUUCAACAACAAAUUUUCAGCACUCCAUCAUGCCAGCAACCAAUGCCAACACUUCCUCAUUUGAUGCCAACUCCUUCGCCAACGCCGUGGAAUCUUGACACAAUGCCUUGGAAAUUAGCUAGCACAAAUUUAGGGCAAGACGGCGUAAUGCAAUUCAGUGCUCAAGUCAACGAGGAAAUACACAACCGAGCAGUUCUCCAUCAAAAACGUAAAUCGGACGUAGAGAGUCUAUUACCAGUCAAGCAAUUUAUUUCUGAAGAAAAAAUUACUGCGCAUUUCAAUGGAUUACACAUCUCUAGUGAUUAUAUUCAAACCAAUUCGAACACAUGUAGCAAAUCUAUGUUCGGUGAUGAUACACCCAGUACCAGUACGGGUAAAUGUUUUACUAAUCUCACAUACAAUGACUAUAAAUUAACAGCUAAGGAAUUAGAAGAAAAAUUGCGUAAUGCGAACAGAAUAACUUUGUGUGAGCAGUUGAAAAAAUUUCAUCAACAAGAACGUAAAACCACUUUUCUACCAGAAGCGCUUUUCAAUAGAAUCGAAAAACCAUGUACCGCUUUGGUGCUUUGGCAACCGCCGCCGGUGUUAGAAUUGUUACAUCGUAAGAAAGAAAAUGAAUUGACACCCAAUAGUAGUGAUAGUACAAGUGCUGAUAGUUUUGGGACAGCUGACACCAUAGAUGAGGAUGACGAAUUAUUUGAUCACGAACCUGAGCUGGAGGAUUUUGAUGACUAUGUCGACAAUAAUAACACAUGUCGUUUAGAUUUCAACAACAUGAAAGCCAAUCAUAUGGAUGAGGAUUUGUAGUUUACGUAUUAUCGAGAUAUCCAACAAAGCUUAGAUGUUGAUAAAAAUCUGAUUGCUAAUAUAAUAUAUAUUUUUAAGAACGAGUCGUGAAACAAAGUUUGCAAAACUAUUUUGGAACUGAAAAAUAAUUAUGAUAGUAUAUAUAGUUUUUUUAUAAUAAUGCAUGGAUAGUAUGAAUGAGCCAAUGUAUGCAAACGAGCCUUUUAACCGUAAUUAAUUUGACUAAGCAUAUUUUUACUAACUAUACAAAUGUAAGUCAGUAAUAUUGCUCAAAAUAAUUUAUUAAUUGUUACAAUAUGUACAAAUGCAUUGAUUGGCUUCAAAUGUUACGUAAAUACGACUCUAUCGACGUUUCUACAUUUGCAAACAAUAAAUUAUUAUUAUUUUAAUUUGGUAUAAAAACAUAAUAAAUAUAGUAUGUAUGUUCAAAGAUAUUCCAUGCUGUUUUAUGUCUAUUUUAAUUGAUAUAUUAUUGAAUCUACAAAACAUGCCAUAAUUUCUCUACCGAUUCAUCAUAUUUAUAACAUUGGUGGAAAACGAAAACUUCUACUGUAAUUUGUUUAUAAUCGUCUUUUAAAAUUCAUUCAGUGUUUUAACUUGUUGCAAGAUUUUGAAAAGCACUGGAAUGUCUUAAAAAUCCCUUCAGCGAGAUUUCAGUUAUAAGUUCUUUGAAGCAACACUGUACGAAAAUGAUAAAGCGAAAAUAUAUAAAUGGGGAUUAAAUAUGGUGCAAAUGUUGAUAUGGUGGAGCAAAGUGGUGACGGAGAAUAUCGUUGAUGGAGACAAGUUCCGUUUUCAUUAGUUUCGUUGCAAUCGUAAGGUGUGGACGUGUAGAAUUUAAUUGCUGUGCAGCAAUACAUUUUCCAGCAGAAAAUAUCGGACCGUGCGAUAGAAUUUCUUGUCAACUGCGCGUCUCGCGAGAUUUACAUCAAUUCAAAAAGUGAAUAAUUAACGAAAUGAAAAUAUACCGUA